AUGAAUUUAUUCAAAAAGAAUAAUAAACUUCAGAAAAUGUUGGGGUCAAUACAACGGAAGCCUUCAAAAUCUGUGGGGAUCAAAGAGGAUGUCUCGGCUACUUGGCCAAGUAGACAAGCACUCUGUAAAUUGAUGGAAUCUAGAGGGGCUGAUGCUAUUUUGAAGGUGAAUGAGGAAUUUGGAGGGAUUGAAGGCCUUUGUGCAAAAAUGGGUGUAGAUCCAAUCAAGGGAUUGCCAUCAGAUGUUGCUUCACCAGAAUUGGCUAAAAGACGUGAAAAGUAUGGACCAAAUACAAUUCCAAGUACAAAAGCAAAACCAUUUUGGCGACUUCUUUUCGACGCUAUCAAGGAUCCAACAUUAAUUAUCCUGAUAGUCGCAGGUUUCGUCUCUUUAUUAUUGUCCUUUGUCGAGCCUGGCCAAGGCGGAGGUGUUGUUGUUGUUAAUGGAGGAAAUAACAACAACACUAACAACUUUGGAGGGAAUAUGACAACAACAACAACUGGACUUGAAGGAUUAUUAAAUGAGACUGAAACGAACAACAAUGUUGCUAGAAGAGAAAGAAAUUGGAAUGCCUCAGCCAAACCUUUACCUGUUACUUUAUCGAACUCCAAUUUAUCCUUAAUAAAACCGCCGGACAUAUUAAAUCAACAACAACAACCUAAAGAAGAGCAUGAAUCUGCAUGGAUUGAAGGAGUUGCCAUUCUUUUAUGUGUUGUAGUCGUGUGCCUUGUGACAGCAAUUAAUGAUUACUCAAAGGAAAGGCAAUUUAGAAAUCUUCAAGCUAAAAUCGAAACAGGCCAAAAAUUUUCGGUAAUUCGAGAUGGUGAACCUAUGGAUAUUCCUGUUUCUGAUUUAGUCGUUGGUGACAUUGCUCGUGUCAAAUACGGCGAUUUAAUUCCGGCAGAUGGUUUAAUAGUUCAAAGUAAUGAUCUUAAAGUUGAUGAAUCUUCUUUAACGGGAGAAUCUGAACAUGUUACAAAAAGUUUGGAAAGAGAUUUGGCUUUGCUUUCUGGCACAUAUGCAAUGGAGGGAAGUGCAAAAAUGGUAAUUACAGCAGUUGGUGUUUACUCACAAACGGGCAUUAUAAUGACAUUAUUGGGUGGUGGCCGUCCAGAUAUUUCCUCCUCCACAACAACUUCCUCCUCCGAUUCAGACACCUCAUCAUUUUCUAGUUCAUCUUCACAUUCUUCUUCCUCGUCUUCCUCUUCAAAUGAUGAAAAUAUGGAUGAUAUUCAUUCAAAAUCAAUUUUACAAACAAAAUUGUCUGCUUUAGCCCUUCAAAUAAUUUAUUGUGGAACUAGUGUUGCUGUUUUGGCUUUGUUAAUACUCAUUAUUCCAUAUUGCAUUAGAGAAUAUUCUGAAACUGGUUCUAUUUUUGAGUUGGAACAUUUACACAAUUUUGUUAAAUUUUUUAUUAUUGCUGUUACAAUUUUGGUUAUUUCAAUACCUGAAGGCUUACCAUUAGCAAUUGCUUUAUCUUUAACUUAUUCUGUACGAAAAAUGAUGUUGGACAAUAAUUUGGUUCGUCAUUUGGAUGCUUGUGAAACUAUGGGAAAUGCUACAACAAUUUGUUCUGACAAAACAGGAACAUUAACAACAAACAGAAUGACUGUUGUUCAAUCAUUUGUUUGUGGACGUCUUUACAAUACAGAAAAAAGUCAACCAUCAAAAGGAGAAUUACCCAAAGAUGUCAGUUUACUUUUGAGUGAAGCAAUAACUUUAAAUUGUGCUUAUAAUUCAAUGAUUGUUGAACCAAAGAAAAUUGGAGAACGUUUACAACAAUUGGGAAAUAAAACUGAAUGUGGACUUUUGGGUUGGGUAAAACAAAUUGGGGGAGAUUAUGAUGAAAUUAGAAGAGAAUUUCCAGAAGAAAAAUUAUAUAAAGGUUUGUGGAAUUUAUUUUUAUAA